UUCCAGAGCGCCCUUUCCAGGGUGCAACUGGGUGAAGCAUCGCCGCGACAGGGAGAACCCAUGCUCUGUCUACGGAGCGGCAGCAAAUAGGAGAGACGUGGAGCGUCAUGGCCAUUUGAAUCGUGAUCCGGAUACUAAUCGUUGAGGCGAUCGGUCCAUGUGCCCCACUUUUCGAUUUUCAGACUCUUGCACAAAUGGAAGAUCGGAUCGACGGCAUUGAGAUUGCCGUUGUCGACUGCUCCAAGUACCUCCACCCGUCCUGCGACGAAUAUGCAUUCUGGGUGUGCAUCGGCACCAUCGUUGGCAUGCUUCUCGUCUCUGCCGUCAUGGCCGGCAUGCUCAUGGGGUACCUCUCCAUCGACAAGCUCAACAUCCUGAUAUUGACGAUGGAAGGCUCGGACGUCGAGAAGGCCCAAGCCAAGAGGAUACUGCCGAUCAUCAAUCAGAGCCACAACGUCCUCGUCUCGGUCUUGCUCGUCAAUGCCGGAGCUCUCGAGGCGCUGCCGAUUUGGCUCAACCGCGUCGUGCCCGAGACAACCGCGAUCCUCAUUUCCGUCACCUUUGUGCUCCUCUUUGGCGAAAUUCUUCCGUCGGCCAUCUUCACAGGCACGUACCAGCUUGCCAUUGCGUCGGCGCUGGCGCCGCUCUGCCGCCUCGUCAUGCUGCUCAUGAGCCCGAUCGCGUGGCCGAUCGCGCGCGUUCUCGACGCGCUCAUCGGCGAAGGCAACGACGUGACGCGCUACAAGCGCAAGGAGCUCAAAGCGCUCAUUCGCCUCCAGCAAUCGCUGCCGCAAGCGCUCGAGCUGGCCGAGAGCCUCCCCAUCACCAACCCUGUGUCGCCCGCCGCGUCAGUGGCGUCGUCAUCGGCGUCUGUCUCGCCGGGGACGUGCACGGACCUGCAUAAAGAGGAGGUCGCCAUCAUCCACGGCGCGCUUGACAUGUCCAACAAGACUGUAAAUGACAUUGCGACGCCGUUCGAAGACGUCUUUAUGCUGGACUGGGAAGCCCAACUCGACUCGGAGCUUAUGGUCGACAUCCUCGCAUGCGGCUACUCGCGGAUUCCUGUCUUCCGUGGCCACCGCGCCAACGUUGUCGGGCUCCUACUCGUCAAGCGGCUCAUCGUCAUCGACUCGGACGUCAAAAAGCCAAUCAAAAACCUCACGCUGCGCAAGCCCAUCCUUGUGUCGCCCGACCUUGGCUGCUACGCGCUGCUCAACCAGUUUCAGCGCGGAAAGGGCCACUUUGCGCUCGUGACGGAGCAAGGACCGUACAUUGAGGCGUGCUGGAAGGCCAAUAUUGACGUCGACCGCACGCAAGCGACCAUCUCUGGUAUCGUCACAAUCGAAAACAUUCUCGAGGAGCUUCUCCAAGAAGAGAUCCAAGACGAGACCGACGUCGUCGACUCGUGCACGGGCCACGGCAACUCGGAGCGCCGCCGGGCACGCCUUCGCGAGGCGGGCAUGAUCCGCGCCGCCAAGGUCUUCAAGGCCCUCGCGGCGCGCGCUCGUCGCCGCCUCCGCCUCCGCCCGCAAGCGCGCCGAAGCGCGUCGCAGAUUGCGCACGAAGCCACGCCGCUCUUGACGCCACGGGCGACCGAGCUCUAAGCCACGUCGACAUGUAAUCCAACCUUGGCAUAUCGUCAAU